CCACGGUUAAACACUCACUACGCACUUCUCCUUUUCGCCAAAAGUCCAAUUUACAACGACAAAACACGCCUAUUUCAGCUAUUCGAUUUGCCAUUCACAACCAGUACAUGUCUUGCGUGUAUUAGCAGCGGGUCAAUCCGCCGCCCGUCACGCCGUUGCAAUGGCUCCUCUCAACGCCGGCAACAAUGACGAAGAGAUGGCAGCAAUACAAACACCAGGGGCCACCAAGACGCCAAUCUCUGCCUCCAGCACUCCUGCUGCUACUGCUUACACAUGCUCAGACAAAGACGAUGCCGAAAAGAGGCUUGUGCGCAAAAUCGACCUCUACUUCAUGCCGAUUCUCUUCUUCAUGUACAUUCUCAACUAUGUCGACCGCACCAAUAUUGGCAACGCCAAAAUCGCCGGCAUGCAACGAGACCUAGCCCUAACCGACGACGGAUACGCCUGGGUAGUGUCCAUCUUCUUCUUUGGCUACCUAAUCUGCGAGGUGCCCUCCAACAUGCUUCUCACCCGCAGCCGCCCAUCCAUUUUUCUACCCGCCAUUAUGCUCGUCUGGGGUAUUCUAAGUGCGCUCAUGGCCACGUCCACGACAUAUGGUGCGAUGCUGGGCUUCCGCUUUGUCCUCGGGUGCAUCGAGUCGGGCUUCUACCCAGGCGUUCUGUACUUGUUGUCGUGCUGGUACACACGCAAGGAGCUGGGAAGGCGAUUUGCCAUGUUUUAUACGGCAGCUGCACUGUCUGGUGCUCUGGGAGGCAUCAUUGCUGGUGCCAUCACAUCGCAUCUAGACGGUGCACACGGCGUUGCUGGCUGGCGGUGGCUGUUUAUCAUUGAGGGGUGUGCCACGGUGGGCGUCGCCAUUAUUGCAUUCUUUGUCCUGCUCGACUAUCCGGCUACGACACAACGAUUAACGGAAAAGGAACAGUUUCUCGCGACGCAACGAAUUCUAGACGACCAAAACCAAGGCGAUGCGAAACUGAGCCACUGGCAAGCGUUCAUGGCUGCGUUGUCCGACGCGCGCACCUAUCUCUUCGUCCUGCUCUACAUGCUGGUCAUUGGUGCCAGCACAAUAUCCUACUUUGUCCCGACUAUUACAGCGAGUCUGGGAUUCGAAACAGUAACGGCGCAGUAUAUGACGGUGCCGAUCUGGGUAGUGGCAGCCAUAUGCCUCAACCUAGUGGCCUGGUCGUCGGAUCGGCUACAAGAGCGGCGAUGGCACACGUCGGGAUCUCUGGCUGUAGGCUUUGCAGCCUGUGUCAUUUGUGCCACGGUCCAUAAUGCCGUGGCCAAGUAUAUCAUGGUAUGCUUAGUGACGUCUGCAGUUGUCUGCGCAACAGUGCUGUCCCUGACAUGGACAUCAACGGUCAUGGAUGCGCCUCGCGAGAAGCGGGCGAUUGUCAUUGCGCUUGUCAACGCUUGUGGCAACUUUGCCAGCGUCUACGGCAGCCGCAUCUGGCCACAGAAGGACUCUCCCAACUACCAUCUCGGGUUUGGAGUCUCAGCCGGCUUCUUGGGGUCUGCGGCUGUUCUAACUGCACUCAUGCCCAUUGCCUUUGCGGGCAUCCAACGACGAGCGCGUCGACGAGUCGCAAUGGCUGCCCCUACAUCGUGAUUUAUUUCAAUAUUGUACAUUAGAUAAAAGACAUUCCUGCAUAGAGAGCGAUAGCAUAUAGAGAGCGAGCGUUGGUUUCUGUACACAUUUUCCAUACAAUUAGAUUGAUUAUACCAAUCACAAACCCUACAUAGCAUAAUAAAUAUUAACGAAAUCGUCCCCAAAAACGGCGACAAUCUCCAAGAAAGAAUUAAAAAAAACGAGCAAUAUACCGUAUCCAACUCCAACCAAAAGCCAGUGUUUUUCUGCUCUUCAUACAAACCCUACUCCACGCCAUCACUUCUGCCUUUGUGUUCGCCAGCAGAUUCCAAUUCCUCCAUUUACAACAAAAUCAAGUCUUUCUCCCGAAAAGAUGCGACCAGGCAUCAUAACCUCAGUGUAGUAUGUCUACAUACGCAACAGCUUACUCGCUGCCAAUGACACCCAGGCCAACAGCCGUCAAGAGCGUAGCGACAGCCCAGACACCCGCAUACGAAAUCGAGCCACAGGCCUCAACACCACGAAUCGACAUGCUGCUGGACAAGUAGGUGCCGACAGAUGUAGCCACAACAGCCAGAGCAGCGCGGCGAAUAAGAACCUUUGUCUUCGUCGUAUAGCCCCAGACAUUCCACCAAACAGUCUGCUUGAGGGAGGCAUCGGCAGGCACAAACUGGCGAAUCUUGUCGUCAUCCUUGGUCUUGCUGGUGGUAGCAAACGACGGGAAAAGGAACGCGCUGGCAACAAUACCAAAGGCCGCAGCGACAGGCAGCACAGAAAUAGGGCUAGCACUGUAGGCGAGCUCGACGGACGGGAUGCCCGCAAAGCGCAUGACAAAGACGCGGGCAAGGUAGAACCGCAGCGCAAGCGAGAUGGUGACGCUGUAGAUGGCGACGGCAAAGGCGGACGUGUGUAGCUGCGACACAAAAGUCAGCAGCUCGCGGUUGUAGAGGCGGCCGGGAGUCUUGGAGUGCACGUUGGAGAGCGGGCGGAACAGGUGGAAGGGGACAGCGGCGGCGAGGACGUCAAUGGCCAGCGAGCCAAGAGCUGCGAGGGGGCUGACGGCGUAAAAGUUGUACAGGAGGUAUGUCUAUAACACAAAAAUCAUCAUUAGCAUCUCCGUCAUUCACAACAGUAUAUGUCGCGGAGUUCGUUUGUACUUACACCAGGGGCGGUAGACAUGAAAGCCAUGGCAGCCGCAUCGAGGCUGUCAAGGUUGGCAAACCACGCGAGGGCAAGAGAAACGCUGUUCAACUGUCAGUAUAUACCAAAUAUCACCCAGAGGAAAUCAAAAACAUACAAGCGCCAUGCAGUCUGCACGCCAAGAUCGCGCACAACAUCACCGCUGCUCCGCAGCGCCGUCAACUCGCGGCCCGUCACCUCGCCCAGCGCAUACUGGCCACCCGUCGCAAUCGCAAUACUCAGGACCUGCGCAAGCGCAAAGUCCACGAAAGGAUUGCGCGCGGCAGCACGGGCAUCGGCAGCAAUGGCGGCCUUCUUCUCCUUGGACUGGCGGGGACGCUUGGUGCCCGAAGCAGGCGUGGGUGUAGCUGUUGUUGUUGCUUUUGUUGCGGAUGCGGUCGUCUUAGCGUCCUUGGCUGGGGUCGCAGAGGCAGUCUUGGGUGUCUUGGGCGUCUUUACGGCGGGCGAAGAGGAGGAAUCGGCAUUCUCGCCUUUAAGAGAUUUGCGAGGCAUUGUUUGUGUUCGCGGUUGUUGUUUUUCGUGGUGGUGUUGGUUUCGACGCGUGUGCGUGUGUCCUGUUUAGUAGCUAACUAGAGAGCGCCAAGCUGGGCUGUCCGUGUUUGUGUUUGUAAAAGUGAAAAAUUGCAAUUACUGUAAGUAGAGCAGUAGAGGAGAUAACCAAUUGCACGUAAUCAAACUCUUAUCAGAGCAAAGAAACUGGCGCAAGGAUUGGGCGCGACUGGAUUUACAACACAAGUGCCUUGGUGCAGGUAUUUUUUGGGGGGGCGUCUGUCGCGACAGGCUGUUUGCGGAGGGAAGCGCGUCACUG